AGGAGCGGCUGGUACAGCGUUUAUUAUAGCCAGUGUAUCCGCACCAGGUCCUGCAACGUUAUUUGACAUUGAUGGAACUACAGGCGUGUUGAUGGUAGGGAGUACUAAUCCUGAUUUUGAAACUCAUGGUGCAAAUACAUAUACUGUUGAUAUGCAAUGUAAACAAACUACAGGUGUUGAUGGAAGCAGUGUAUCAGUUGAUAUAACUUUCACUGAUGAAGUUGAAUUGUGUACUAUGUCGUGGUCAGGCGGGCCAUUUUCUGUGGCAGAGAAUACAGCUACUGGAACUGAGAUAAUCGCAGCAUCAUCACUGACAUCAACCUUCCCUGAAACAGCUGAUACUCCGGCAUUCAGUAUUACUUCAGUUAGUCCAGGUGCAACCACGCUGUUUGAUAUUGAUCCAAGCACAGGGGCGGUAUGUAAUAAAUCAAUGUCAAAUUUUGUUAACAGGCAUUAUUUGUAUGCCUUUCCACUAUUCAAAAAGCUGAGUGUUGGAUCAACGCCGCCAGACUAUGAAAAUGAUGCAUCAACUCAAACAAUAACUGUAACUUGCCAUCAGUCGUCGACUACUAGUGCUGCUGAAACAGUUGUUGUUACCAUUACAAAUGUUGAUGAAGAUUGUACGAUCAGCUGGCCAUCAGCUCCAUUUGUCGUAGCAGAAAAUUCUGUCACAACAACAGUUAUAAUUGCUUCAUCGGAUAUUACGGGAGUCUUUCCUGAAAAUGCUGCAGCUAAUCCAUAUGACAUCACUAGCGUUAGUCCAGGACCUGCAGGCUUGUUCGCUAUUAAUCAGGCGACGGGUGCUAUAUCAGUUGACAGUGUUGUACCAGAUUUUGAAACGCAUACUACUUCCCAAACAAUAACUGUGACAUGUUACCAGGCAUCUGGUCAUGACGUUGCAUAUACAGUUGAUGUAAAUAUCGACAAUGUAGAUGAAGCGUGUACACUCUCGUUUACAAGUGCAACAUACUCCAUACAAGAAAACUCAGCAACGGCCACAGCCAUCAUACCAUUUGGUGACAUCACAUCAGAUUUUCCAGAAGGAGCGGCUGGUACAGCGUUUAUUAUAGCCAGUGUAUCCGCACCAGGUCCUGCAACGUUAUUUGACAUUGAUGGAACUACAGGCGUGUUGAUGGUAGGGAGUACUAAUCCUGAUUUUGAAACUCAUGGUGGAAAUACAUAUACUGUUGAUAUGCAAUGUAAACAAACUACAGGUGUUGAUGGAAGCAGUGUAUCAGUUGAUGUAACUUUCACUGAUGAAGUUGAAUUGUGUACUAUGUCGUGGUCAGGCGGGCCAUUUUCUGUGGCAGAGAAUACAGCUACUGGAACUGAGAUAAUCGCAGCAUCAUCACUGACAUCAACCUUCCCUGAAACAGCUGAUACUCCGGCAUUCAGUAUUACGUCAGUUAGUCCAGGUGCAACCACGCUGUUUGACAUUGAUCCAAGCACAGGGGCGCUGAGUGUUGGAUCAACGCCGCCAGACUAUGAAAAUGAUGCAUCAACUCAAACAAUAACUGUAACUUGCCAUCAGUCGUCGACUACUAGUGCUGCUGAAACAGUUGUUGUUACCAUUACAAAUGUUGAUGAAGAUUGUACGAUCAGCUGGCCAUCAGCUCCAUUUGUCGUAGCAGAAAAUUCUGUCACAACAACAGUUAUAAUUGCUUCAUCGGAUAUUACGGGAGUCUUUCCUGAAAAUGCUGCAGCUAAUCCAUAUGACAUCACUAGCGUUAGUCCAGGACCUGCAGGCUUGUUCGCUAUUAAUCAGGCGACGGGUGCUAUAUCAAUUGACAGUGUUGUACCAGAUUUUGAAACGCAUACUACUUCCCAAACAAUAACUGUGACAUGUUACCAGGCAUCUGGGCAUAACGUUGCAUAUACAGUUGAUGUGAAUAUCGACAAUGUGGAUGAAGCGUGUACACUCUCGUUUACAAGUGCUACAUACUCCAUACAAGAAAACUCAGCAACGGCCACAGCCAUCAUACCAUUUGGUGACAUCACAUCAGAUUUUCCAGAAGGAGCGGCUGGUACAGCGUUUAUUAUAGCCAGUGUAUCCGCACCAGGUCCUGCAACGUUAUUUGACAUUGAUGGAACUACAGGCGUGUUGAUGGUAGGGAGUACUAAUCCUGAUUUUGAAACUCAUGGUGGAAAUACAUAUACUGUUGAUAUGCAAUGUAAACAAACUACAGGUGUUGAUGGAAGCAGUGUAUCAGUUGAUGUAACUUUCACUGAUGAAGUUGAAUUGUGUACUAUGUCGUGGUCAGGCGGGCCAUUUUCUGUGGCAGAGAAUACAGCUACUGGAACUGAGAUAAUCGCAGCAUCAUCACUGACAUCAACCUUCCCUGAAACAGCUGAUACUCCGGCAUUCAGUAUUACUUCAGUUAGUCCAGGUGCAACCACGCUGUUUGAUAUUGAUCCAAGCACAGGGGCGCUGAGUGUUGGAUCAACCCCGCCAGACUAUGAAAAUGAUGCAUCAACUCAAACAAUAACUGUAACUUGCCAUCAGUCGUCGACUACUAGUGCUGCUGAAACAGUUGUUGUUACCAUUACAAAUGUUGAUGAAGAUUGUACGAUCAGCUGGCCAUCAGCUCCAUUUGUCGUAGCAGAAAAUUCUGUCACAACAACAGUUAUAAUUGCUUCAUCGGAUAUUACGGGAGUCUUUCCUGAAAAUGCUGCAGCUAAUCCAUAUGACAUCACUAGCGUUAGUCCAGGACCUGCAGGCUUGUUCGCUAUUAAUCAGGCGACGGGUGCUAUAUCAGUUGACAGUGUUGUACCAGAUUUUGAAACGCAUACUACUUCCCAAACAAUAACUGUGACAUGUUACCAGGCAUCUGGGCAUAACGUUGCAUAUACAGUUGAUGUGAAUAUCGACAAUGUGGAUGAAGCGUGUACACUCUCGUUUACAAGUGCUACAUACUCCAUACAAGAAAACUCAGCAACGGCCACAGCCAUCAUACCAUUUGGUGACAUCACAUCAGAUUUUCCAGAAGGAGCGGCUGGUACAGCGUUUAUUAUAGCCAGUGUAUCCGCACCAGGUCCUGCAACGUUAUUUGACAUUGAUGGAACUACAGGCGUGUUGAUGGUAGGGAGUACUAAUCCUGAUUUUGAAACUCAUGGUGGAAAUACAUAUACUGUUGAUAUGCAAUGUAAACAAACUACAGGUGUUGAUGGAAGCAGUGUAUCAGUUGAUGUAACUUUCACUGAUGAAGUUGAAUUGUGUACUAUGUCGUGGUCAGGCGGGCCAUUUACUGUGGCAGAGAAUACAGCUACUGGAACUGAGAUAAUCGCAGCAUCAUCACUGACAUCAACCUUCCCUGAAACAGCUGAUACUCCGGCAUUCAGUAUUACUUCAGUUAGUCCAGGUGCAACCACGCUGUUUGACAUUGAUCCAAGCACAGGGGCGCUGAGUGUUGGAUCAACGCCGCCAGACUAUGAAAAUGAUGCAUCAACUCAAACAAUAACUGUAACUUGCCAUCAGUCGUCGACUACUAGUGCUGCUGAAACAGUUUUUGUUACCAUUACAAAUGUUGAUGAAGAUUGUACGAUCAGCUGGCCAUCAGCUCCACUUGUCGUAGCAGAAAAUUCUGUCACAACAACAGUUAUAAUUGCUUCAUCGGAUAUUACGGGAGUCUUUCCUGAAAAUGCUGCAGCUAAUCCAUAUGACAUCACUAGCGUUAGUCCAGGACCUACAGGCUUGUUCGCUAUUAAUCAGCGACGGGUGCU